CAGUGUCUGACUUCCGCAACCUCUUCUUUUCCAUAUAAUCUUAAUUUCUUUUUUUCAAAGGACAUUCUUUUUUAAACAGUGUCAAAAUGCCAGAAGGAUAUGAGGAGUUGAGAAAAAAGUACAAAUUACACGAAGAAACUGAAUCUUUCUUUCAAAUCUGUCUGGAGUCUGUUGGUUGGAAUAAUCCUACAUGUGAUACAACGGUUAUCGAUUCUCGUAGAAUAUUCGACGAGAAAACGGAAAAAUUUGCAGGCGAUGUUACAUUUGAAGGGACAGUAAAGGAAUACAUUGUUCCUUCCGCUGCCUGCGAGGGUGGAAUACCAGUCGAUGUUUUGAUACCUAAGAACUGUGGUGCUCGUCCGUCCAUUCUUGUUCAUUUCCAUGGCGGUGGCUACGUUAUGGGCUCCAGGAUGACAGAUUCAUCAUUUUGCAAACUUCUAGCAAGUGAAGCUCUGUGUGUUGUAGUCAAUGUGGAAUACCGUUUAGCCCCAGAACACAAGUUUCCUGCCGCGGUAGAUGAUGCCAGAUGCGUUCUUAGAUGGGUUUUGAUGAACAAACCUUUGGUUGGUGGCAUGAAUGAGAGUAAGGUUGGUGUGUGUGGAUCUAGCUCGGGUGGAGGUCUGGCGGCCGUUGUGUCUUCGGAAAUACCUGGAAUUUCCUACCAGAUAUUGAUCAAUCCCUGGCUGGAUAUCACAAAUGGACAGCCUACAUGCUAUGAAUUUGAAACAGCACCGUAUUGCUGCAAGAGGUCCCUGGAUUGGCUAUCGGAGGAGUACAUCCGAGAUCCCAGUGACAAGGAGAAUCCCCGGGCCUCGCCCUUACUCCGUAAAAACAUAGGAAGCCAGCCCCCGACUCUGUUCCUCAUUGCAGAACUUGAUCCAUUACGGGACCAGGCUUACGAGUACAAAAAGAAAUUAAAAGAAGCGGGAGGUGUAGCAGAAAGCAUGUUGGCUAAAGGAGCCGUGCAUGCCUAUAUGACCUAUCCAGGUCAUUUUAAAGAACUGGGAAUUCGAGGAAGGGACCGGAUUAUGACUUUCAUCAAGAAGAGAGGCACUGUGUAAUCAGUGGUGUGACUCAACCGUGCAUUUCAACUUAGAGACACUUGGCUAAUUGUCAACUCUGAAGACAGACACUUUGAUUAUGAAAAAGAAACUUCUUGUCUUGACAUAAUGAAAUGUUACAUUAGCAUAUUAGUAUUAUUCUAUUGCUGAUAUGAUGCCAGAAUAUAUUGUGCUAUUGAUGUUAUUUUCAUAUUAUCAUGCUACAGCUGUUAAAUUAGUAAGACGUAAUAUAAACUUUUUAAAAUGAGUUAUUAAAGUCUAUAAUAAUACAUGAUGUAAUUUUUAAUAAAUUUGAUUCUAAUAGUGCUUACAGAAGUACAUUUGGUUUGCGUAGCCAAAUAUAUAUUGAAUAGCAAACGAAACACCAGAUCCAGUUAUAUAGUAAUGCAGUUGUUUGCUAUUGCUGGGUUAUACUUUGAAAUAUCAUAUCAACUAUCAAUUUACAAAAACUGACAAAUUAUUGAGUAAAUUUAAGGUAACAACCAUUUAAAAUAAUGAUGUUUUUGUUGAAUUUGAUAGAGAUAAUUAUUUGCAUAGAUUUUAAAAUGCAUUUCUUUCACUGUGAAGUAUAUGACCAACACGAUUUACUUUGUUUUAAUAUCUAACUUCUUUGUUGUUUCUGCUUUUAAAGGUCUUCUUAUGUUUAUUUUUCUGCUUUGUAUGUUGGCUUUAGUAUCAUAAUAUGAAAUAUUUUGACAUGUGUUGGGGUUUUUUAAUUCACAACCCCUUCCAACUUGAGGAUAAAACUAUGGGGGUUUUGGGUCAUACUCUAAAUAAAAUAAAAAAUCUGUCUUGUGCUUCCCCAUUAGAGAUUGUAACACCCACCACCACCACCCCACCCACCCGCGACUAAAGAUAUUCUGUUGGGCCUGUUGGUUCAUAACAAACAUUUUUACAUAUACAUUCAUAUUAAAUUGAAAUCCAAAAUUAUAGUGGUAUACACUUAAUUAGUUCAUUGUGCCUAUAUUACAGUGACUUCUUCCCACUAUUACAGUACAGUAUUUGAUUACAGGUUUUCGAUUCCACGUUUGCUUGAGAUGGCAAACACAUGACAAAUCAUCUUUUUUCAUUCUGCAUGCUUACCAUGAUAUAUUGGUCGGGAUAUACAAAAAUAGAUUGCAUAUAUUGUUGUUGUUUAUGUUUUAUAUUAGUUGACACAAAAAAACAUUUGGGUUUUUACAAGACGUAUGGAUAAUAAAACUUACAAUGAUUGUGAAUGGGCCUGAAUAUGACUGCCUUUUGGUCAAAGCCCGUUUAUUUGCUCUAGUUAGAUUUGUUUACAUGUAUUUUGGCAGCAUACAAACUAUAAUAAUGUAGGAACACAUAAAGCUAUUGUAUUUGUGUUCAUCCAUUGCUCUGCAGCAUGCUGUCAUAAAAAUAAGCAUUCAAUGUCACACAUAGAUCUACUUAUUUAGCUUGUUUUAUUUAGCACCAGGCCUGUAGCCGUCUUGAAUGGGUGUGUACAAAAUAUCUUUGGACCAAGUAUUAAAAAUCAUGUUAUUAAGUUCAUUUUCCACCAAAAGCAGAAUCUUUAGGAAGGUCCAUUUCUGCUCAAAAUGCACCGUGAAAAUACUGGCUACAGGCUUGAGCGGCCAUUUUGUUAUACGUUUUAAAGACGAUGCAUUAAAAUAUGUAUAACCA